AUCUCACUGGCUUCAUCCAGUCAGACAGAGCUGAUAACAAGUAGCCCAGUCGAGGGCGGAGUAGAUCAGGUCAUCGCCAAAUGAUCAAUUUGAACCUGUACCGGCCCCCUCGCUGCUCGAACAUAAAGACAUUGAAUCGACAAUCGUCUCGCCUGCGAAGACUACACAGUGUUUUGAAAGGAGGUACAACUACACUUCUAUCCAAAUAAAGUGGUACCCGUUUCCGUCGUCAAAUCGCACGACCCAUCAGUCCCUGAAAACCAAUCCUUAAAAAAGAAUGUCGGGUUGCCCCGUCUGCCUGGAGGACUAUGACACGGCGGACAACCGGCCAUUUGUCUGGCCCAGCUGCGGACACGGGGUCUGCCGCCACUGUCUCUCCCACAUAGAACACAGGGAGGGCACGCGGAACCCCAAAUGCCCCACGUGCCGAGUGGCCGGCUGUCGCCCCUGCUUCAACCGCCAACUCGCCGACUUCUUGGAGGAGAGAGCUGCGGCAAAGGAGGAAAGUGGCCAGAAUGUUGGUACAACUUCUUCUUCUUUAUCGCCGCAGAAUAGUACAGCUCUACUUAGCAGCAGGAGUAGCAGAACGGAGGGAAAGAAAGUUCGCAGACUGCUCCACCUUCUGUUUUACCACCUUAUCGACGCCGUGGGCAACUGUUGUCUUCUCUUUGGCUAUCCUGAGUAGAAACACGGCCCACGGCACGAGGACCCCAGAGGUGUCAUGCAGAUUUGCAUCUAGAAGUACAGGAUUUGGAGCAUUUAUAAUUGCACACGACCCGCCCCAUGAGGGGCAAAAGCAUUUCUGGUCGACGUGUUUUCGCAUUUGUACUUACGCUGUAAACAAGGUGUGUGAUGCGGCUGUCCUUUCUAUUAACCAGCACUACACUUCUGCAGAAAGAAACUGGAUGACAUACGUGACUCCCGAGCAAGCUUUGAGAUUUUUGUUGCAGAGGUGGUUCCAACUUGAUGACUUUGGGGUGUCGUGGACGUUUUCUUUUUCACAGGAUACGGGCUUUAUGAUUUUCGUUGGGGUGAUAUGGAGAAAAAAAAGUUUGUCACAGUCACUAACUUGCAGGCUUUGCAUUACAAAUUUUCUCAGCAUCACAAACUUUCCUUGUAUUGCAGAAACACUAGGGAAAUCCCUAAUAAAGUUUGGCUAUGAUGCAUUUUGACGCAUGACAAACAAUUUUGUAUUGCAAAAAUACGCAUGAGUGAUCGUGACGAACUUUUUUUCUUUGAUAGGUGAUCUUUAUGACGGGCUCCCGAACCAACUCGUAUGCAAAUGCAAUGCAAAUAUGAUGUCUGGACGAGCUGGGUCCGGAUCUGUCCUGCGAUUGCGAAAUUUCAAGGGCAACCAGAUCUGUAAUGCCUGGAUAGGUGUGGCAUUCGGAUUCGCAUUCGCAUUGCCAAUGGGCAGCUUUUUUGUCGUGUUGGGAGGGAGUUUGGCAUGCGUUUCAUUACGAAUAAAUCUACAAAAAGCCACGUCGCAAAAGAACUUCUGAUGCUGCUACUACACCGUAAUAUCGAAGCGGCCACUCAGCAGAGCAAGUAUCAACAUCGCAAAUUUCCAGAUCCAGAUCGAUAAUUUGCAAUGCAUAGUUCGAGCAAUUCUACCAUCGCUCGUUUUGGGAGAAGAUACUCAGCGGAAAAGACGGCCUACUUGAGUCACUGCGCGGCAUCGGGACCCUACUUCUUUUCCUCGGGAGGUGUUUCUGGGCGUUCUAUGAGUACCUCCACGCGGGAGUUUUUUUCGUGUGGAACCUGCUUUCCGAGCACGCUGCUUCCGCGUGGAAUUUCCUGUACGACCUGGGUGGCCUUCUACCCGGAGCCUGUCACCCGGAGGGAGGCACGCGUUUCUAUCCCAGAGAAAAAAGCAGGCAGGGCAUAUUGGCAAAAAUAAACACACAGCAGAAAAAUCUGUCAUGGGCGGCCCGUUGGCGUGCUGCUCAGGAUGCGCAGUGCUGAUGUAUUAAUUUUGCAUUUACAAAUAUGACCUGCCUGCUUUAUUUUUUCUGUGUGAUGCUUUCCACUGGAACACUGUCCGGAUCCUCGGAGACAUGGAUGCCUGUUGGGAGUUUGUGA